UGCAAGUGGUAAGUUCAAUUCCCAUUUCACACAUGGCUAAUAAUAAUCCAUGGUGGACGGGCCAAGUAGGGUUUCCGGGAAUGGAUCCGUCCUCCUCCUCCACCGCUGCCGCCGCCGCAGUCAAGAUCAACCCGGAUCCGGCGGUAAACGACAACGAUGCCGGCGAAAUCUAUAGGGGAGAUGAGGAAGAAGAAGAAGAGAGAGAUCCCGGGGACGACGACGAGGCGGCCUUGACGGCGGCGACGAGGAGGCGGCCUCGGGGGAGGCCGCCCGGCUCGAAGAACAAGCCGAAGCCGCCGGUUUUCGUCACGAGGGAGAGCCCCGAUACGCUGAGGAGCCACGUCCUGGAGGUGGUGAGCGGGGCCGACGUGGCGGAGAGCAUCGCCCAGUUCGCGCGGAGGAGGGGGAGGGGCGUUUGCGUCAUUAGCGCCACCGGCACCGUGACGAACGUGACCCUGAGGCAACCCUCCUCCUCCUCCUCUCCAGCCGGGGCCGUCGUGGCGUUGCGCGGCCAGUUCGAGAUCCUCUCGUUGACCGGCACGUUCCUUCCAGCCAACACAUCAGUCCCGUCGGGUCCGACGGGACUGGCUGUGUACCUAGCCGGAGGGCAGGGGCAAGUUCUGGGAGGGAGCGUGGUGGGCCCCCUCGUCGCGUUCGGACCGGUCAUGGUGGUCGGUUCGACGUUCUCAAACGCCGCCUACGAGAGGCUGCCCUUGGAGCCGGAUGAUCACCAAAGAGGCCAUCCGGCCCCACUCGGAGGGGGUGAAACUGCACCACGGCUCGGUGCGGUGGAUCCGUCUCUGGUGCCAUUGGGUGUGUACAAUUUUCCCCCAAAUUUGAUGGCUAAUAGCCAUGAAGCCUUUGGUUGGGCUCAUGGCCGGCCUCCAUUCUAAAAACCUAAAAAGGUUAGAAGAUCAUAUAUAUACUGCCUAUAUAUACCACUUAUUAUAACACAAAUUAUAAAGAGAGAUCUUCAAUUUAAUUUUUCUCGAUGUGAUUAUAUAAUUAUGAUAAACAAUAAUUAAUAAACUAAGUGCAUGCCU